AUGGAGAACUAUAAUCCCUCGGAAGAUCCAGGACCAACGUUCUGCGUUGGUCAUCAUGAGCCCAACAGGCUGAUCUCCGUGACCCCGGAAGUGAUCCAGCAGGUGCAUGAGAGCAACUAUGAUAUGAUGACUGUCCCGAUCACUACCUCGCAUUUCCAUUCUCGUGUAUUGGGUCUGCUUUCCAAUUACCUGUCCACCUUGCAGUCCCCAUCUUACGAUUCUAUUGGGACAAUGGGUACGACCCAGAACACUCGGCCUCUGGUUGUUCCGCCACUUUCCAAAGCAGACUCUUACCUGACCCCCAACGAUGCAACCAGCCAACUUGUUGGUAUCACCAGCAGCUGGAUUGAUCUCUGCUCGCCAGAUCCAUUAAUCGCUGACUUAUCUCGCCAAGUUCUCAUGCUGGAGGUUGCGUACGCUGCAUUCUGCGGAAUUGGAUAUCUUGUGAUUGCCGGACCAAAGCUGCACCAUGGCGCCUUGCAUUCCGAGGGAGUAAUCUACUACGCGCGGGCCGUCCAAGAUGCAUUGGCCCUCGGACCCUACAUUCAAUUCCAUAUCUGGCUGCAGAUGGUUGACAACCCAGAAGCCGAGAUUGAUACUAUGGGCGAUCUGGCACCUCUUGCCAGGGCAGAAUAUUUAGAGCCCGAUGAGGGUGCCUCGCCUAAGGCGGAUUCGUUUGGAACCUGGGACGCGUGGGACGCAAUCCGAAAGACUUGCAAGUAUCAUACAAGACUUUUUGUUGCUCUCGCAAUGCCGAAACAGCUGCCAUCUCUAUAUGUGCAGUCACGGUGGCAUUCGGAACCUGUGCACUUGCUCACAAUCGACUCUUCUUCAUUCCUGAAGAACCAAAAGGGAUACCCAGUUCUGGCAAAAUCACACCAGGCGUUGAUUGCAAAGAUGAUGCGCCUUCGAACUGCGCCUUGGAUUCUCCUGUGUGGUGUUGGCCCUAUUCCAGGACUUGAAGGCAUCGAUAGCUCUAACCAGUCUCGACUUUCUGGAUCGGAUUACCCGAGUCUGUCGCAGGCGAACAAGAAGCACAACGACCCAACCCCCCAUUUGUCGUAUAUUCGGAACCUCCAGCAACGCCAGCCCCCACGCACUGCCAUCGAAAGAUUCGGUGUUGGUUAUCAAGACUAUUUGCAGGCACCUUUGCAACCCUUGACUGUCAACCUGGAAAGCAUCACCUAUGAAGUAUUUGAAAAAGAUCCUAUCAAAUAUGAGUGGUACGAAAAGGCUAUCACCAAGGCAUUGAAAGACUGGGCAGACCAGAAGAAGCCCACCUCCCACCCAGAUGGCAAGGUAGUUGUCGCUGUUGUGGGUGCUGGCCGAGGACCUCUGGUCACUAGAGCACUUAAAGCUAGUGCGGCAGCUGGUGUGGAAAUUGACAUGUGGGCCGUGGAGAAGAACCAGAAUGCAUUCGUGUUGCUGCAGCGCCACAACGAAACAAUUUGGGAUAACAAAGUCACCCUUGUUCAGUCCGAUAUGCGCAGUUGGAAGGGCCCUCUUGUUCCCCGACCGCAGCCUAAGGGCACUCAGGAGCCCGUCGGAGAUACCUUGGGAAUCGAGGACAAUUUGCUCUACACCCCGAAAAAGGGAUCAAACGACCCGGGCCGGACCUCUGAACCCAAGGAACCGGGCAUGAAACACAGCCAUGUGGACAUAAUUGUAUCCGAACUGCUUGGAUCUUUCGCUGACAAUGAGCUUUCACCCGAAUGUCUGGACGGCGUCAAUGAUCUCAUCAACCCAACUCAUGGAAUUUCCAUUCCAGCCUCAUACUCUGCUCACUUUACCCCGGUUUCCGCUCCUAAACUGCACGCAGAUGUUGUGCACCAGACUGUUUCCAACCCAGCGGCUCCGGAGACACCAUAUGUUGUGAUGCUCCACGCUAUUGAUUUCCUAUCCACCACGGAUCUGCCUUCUAAUGGCGAAAGCUCGAACAGCAACAAUGGAAAUCGGGCGUCUACCCCAUCGGCAUCAUUCACCACCACCGAAUUCCCUACUCCGAAUGUGCAGACCGCCUGGUCUUUCUCCCACCCGAACCUUCACAUUCCUCCCCAGUCCCCCAUGCAGUCCACCAUUUCAAAUGCACACAAUGUGCGUCAGACCCGCCUCUCUUUCCCUGCCCAGAAUCGUGGUGCAUGCCAUGGUUUGGCCGGUUACUUUGAGACAGUCCUUUACGGCGAUGUGGAGCUUUCUACCAAUCCCGUGACCAUGGAUGCCAAGAGCGCAAACAUGAUCAGUUGGUUCCCUAUUUAUUUCCCCUUGAAGACUCCUCUCAAUGUUCCCGAGAAUGGCGAGAUUGUCGUUACCAUGUACCGCCAAACCGAUGACCGUAAAGUCUGGUAUGAAUGGAUGGUCGAGGUAUAUGCACUCGAGCGCACAUUGGCAUCUUCUGCCAAGGCCACCCCUGUCGCGGGCAACUCGCGAACCGGUUCUCCCAGCGUCGAUAACCUCAAGCUCAAGGACAACGCCGGAAAGCCAAACUCCCGACCUGGCUAUCGCCGCGUGAGAGUUGGAAUUAGUGACUUGCACUCGAGCAUCAAGGAUGGGUGCUUAAUGUGA